AGCUGGCUUGGAGACUUGGGCUGUUGACAUUCUUGGCUGGGGUUUCUCUGAUUUGGAAAGACUUCCCUCCUGCAAUGUGGCCUCUAAGCGUGACCAUUUUUUCCAGCUUUGGAAAUCCUACAUCAAAAAGCCAAUGAUAUUGGUUGGACCAAGCCUUGGUGCUGCUGUUGCAAUUGACUUUGCAGUCAGCCAUCCAGAAGCUGUCGAAAGGCUGGUUUUGAUUGAUGCAAGUGUGUAUACAGAAGGCACCGGAGAUCUAGCAAGCAUGCCUAAAAUGUUAGCCUAUGCUGGUGUAUAUUUAUUGAAGAGUCUCCCACUGCGCUUCUAUGUAAACUUUUUGUCCUUCAGUGGCAUAUCACUCAGUAACAGUUUAGAUUGGGCUAAUGUGGGCCGCUUGCAUUGUCUGUUUCCUUGGUGGGAGGAUGCAACUGUGGAUUUCAUGAUGAGUGGGGGUUAUAAUGUUAGUGCCCAGAUAGAACAGGUAAAACAGAAGACUCUUAUCAUAUGGGGUGAGGAUGACCAGAUUAUUAGCAGCAAGCUUGGAGUGAGAUUGCACUGUGAACUGCCAAAUGCAGUUAUACGACAAAUACCAGAUUGUGGACACCUUCCUCAUGUGGAAAAACCAAGCUCUGUUGCUAAAAUGAUUGUGGAAUUGGUUCAACAAGAUCAGCACAAAGAGGUUCAAUGUAUUCCUCAAUUUUGAAGGCUUACUUUUCAGCUCUGCUUAAUACUGAACGUACUUGUGUCCCAUUCCCAACCUCAUGGUUUCGUGGCAUUCACAAUUUCCAAUCCUGCCAUGCUUUUCUACAACUAGGGUUUCUCUUGUGCAUCUUUGAAAAGCUAGGUUCAUGUUUAAAGUGUGCCAUCUCAUGAGAGUUGAGGUGAUAAUCCAGAAUUUGUAGCAUGGUGAGAUGUAUGAUCCAUGAUUAGGAUAUGUAAAGACACAUCCUCCACAAAACUCAGAUACCUUAUUAGUUGAACAAGUAACUAGCAGUUUUACUUGCUGUCAAUUGUAACUUUCUAUCA